UAUUCCAUAUUAAUAGAAUAAUACAUACUACUCAAUGAUACCUUCGUUCUACUCAACUAUACCUAAAUUACCGUGAAACAUAUGGCAUUAAAAUCCCUACUGCAAGAUCACUGGUUUUCAUGGCUCAAUCCAUAGAAAGCGAUGCCCUCAAACCUGGCGAUCACAUUUAUUCCUGGAGAUGGUGGUGGAGUUAUGCGCACCAUGGUAUCUAUGUAGAGGAGAAUCGAGUGAUUCAUUUUGUAGCUUCCGUUAAAUCUUCUGGGUGGAGUAUUCAGUCUAUUGCAUCUUCCUCUUCAUCUUCAAAGAUCGGUCCAGGUAAGCAAUGCCCUAAUUGUGGGUACGAUGGACAAAGCGGAGUAAUAAAGACCUGCUUAGAUUGCUUUGUGAAUGGACGAAAGAUCUACCGAUAUGAGUAUGGGGUUUCAACAAAGCAAUAUAAAAGUCGCACCGGAGGAACUUGCCACACUGUGGUAGCAGAUACAUCCAGAUAUCAAAUAAUUCACCGGGCACACGAUCUGCUUGAACAUGGAUUUGGGGAUUACUCUCUGACUGAUAAAAACUGCGAAAAUUUUGCUAUCUAUUGCAUGACAGCAAUAGAUGGCAUUAUGUCAGGGCAAGUCGACAAGAACUGGAUCUUUAUUCAGGCUUCCCGCUUCCUUGGUUCCUGGCUCGGACAAACUGGAGAGGAAAAAAUCAGGGAAGAUAUCGGAGAUUCCAGUGAAGGAUUUUGUGAAGCUACCGAAGUGAGAGAAGCUCCGAGAGAAUACACGCAAGGUAGCACUUCUCCUUCUCUGUGGAAAUGCGUAGCAGAGGAGUUUUGUGCAAACUACAAGAAGACCGUUUAGCGCUAAACGAACUGAAGAUGCUGUUUUCUUCCCUGCUCCCAAAGACGAGGAUAUUUUGGGGCAGUGUAGGCCCUUAAUAUGAUAUACAUUUCCAUUGGUUUGGAUUUGGUUUUUGAUUUUGUAAGGAUCCUCCAUUUUCCUGUCGUGGUUUGAUAUCCCAUAGUGGAAGACAAUAUAUGCCUUAAAAAAGUGGCAAUAUCUGACUUAAUUGGAUGGAGUUUUUAUGCUCUUCGAUAGUUCCUUGGCAUUUUGAUUGCAUGUGCAUUAAUUCUAUUGCUUUAAAAUUUUCAGAUCGUUGGAUUGCCUUCUAUUAAAUGAGCAAUUCUCUACCAUAUCUGUAUUGAUUUUUUGUGUAGUAAUAAAAUCUGUAACUUAUUAUCGAUUCAA